GUACAGCAGAGGGAAGCCUGAGAGAGACGUCACGGCCCGGUUUUAGGCGAAUCCAAGAAAACACGGAUACGCCCUCUGUGGACAUAGAAACGUGAGCAUCGAACUACGUGGUCAAGGUUCACCAAGGAAACGUAUCUUGAAAUUAUUGCUCGACAUGAUGAUUCCGCAAUGCUGUCACGAAAUCAACAAAUUGUUCUUCCCACCCUGCUGUCGACGCGGCCGUGCGGAGAGUCAAUCGCACGCACGCCGCAAAAUAGAAGCAGAGGACUCUUAUUUAACGUGGUUGACCGAGCCGGCGGCACCUCAGUUCUCCACCGACCGUAACAAAGCAUUCACAUUUUCCUUCGCUGAUUCCUCGACGAAUCGGCGAGUCCGCCGCGGGAUUUCACGGUGUUAUACGCCGACCGGGUGAAUGAUCAUGGUGUUUACCAUCGCUACUCUUGGCCUUUUUCUCCUUCCAGGGAUCUGCCUAGGCGAGGAUUUCAGUUACGACGGAAAUCAUGGUCCAUCGCAUUGGGGCGAGGAGUAUCACGCGUGUAUCGGGAAACACCAGUCGCCCAUUAAUAUAGAGGAGCACAAUGUCGAGAACGUCAGUCUACCGCCGUUGAAGCUGACCGGCAUUGACGAUCCGUGCUUAACGUUCGUGACGAACAACGGUCACACGGUUAUGCUGAAAAUCAACGAAUCCAAAAUAGCCAUGUUAUCUGGAGGACCUUUAGGAAAUAAUGUCUAUGUGUUUGAACAAUUACACUUCCAUUGGGGAGAAAAUGAUUAUGAGGGAUCCGAAGAUUUAAUCAACAAUCGCUCGUUUGCGAUGGAAAUGCAUGCCGUCUUUUACAAGAAAGAUUACAAGUCGAUGGACGAAGCUUUUAAGCAUUCCGAUGGUCUAGCUAUUCUAGCAUACCUAUAUGAAGUAAGCCCUAAUCCGAACCCAAUUUACGAACCUAUCGUAGAAGUAUUACCUGACAUAGAAACGGUAGGCAACGAGAAAGUAUUGCGAGAGCUCUUGCAGUUGCGAAAAUUGUUUGUACCAGAUAUUACUACCAUACAAAAUUAUUUCACGUAUAACGGUUCGUUGACAACUCCACCUUGCCUCGAGGUAGCUACAUGGAUUGACUUUAAAGAUCGUCAGCAGUUGUCGCAUGAACAGUUAGAUGCUUUUCGUAAUUUACGAACCACAGAAGGCAAGAAAUUGACUCACAACUUCCGGCCGGUGCAGCCUUUGGAAGAUCGAAUAGUUCUUCAAAAUAUUCCAAGACAACAGAAUACAGCAAAGAACAUUCCUCGCAUUUAUCAUCAUUGGAAUGAACAUUCUGGACAGCACAAUGUCAAAGUGCCAUUUUCCAUCAUCGCGCUAGGACUUUUUUUUGCAAUCAUUUUGUUUGCCAUGUAAAAACCUCGAUGUGGAAUAUUCUAGUCAAUGACAUCUUUCACAAUUGUUAUCUUAAUUUUUAUUAGCUGGAAAUGCUGGAAAUUAAUUGAAGGAAAGCAGUCAGAAAUUUAUUUAAUUUUGUAAUAUUAUUUGAAGGUUGAGAUACUUAAUUGAGUGAAUGCUUAGAAAUGAGUUUUCAUAAUUUUCAUAAUUCUAUCACAAUCACUUUUAUUAAAUAUUUAU